AUGGCCACGACCGACUCCGGUCUCAACACUCACCAUGGAAGAAAUACCGUCAUCGUCACUGCCGUGCUGGGCUUCCUGGCCCUGUUCUCCGUCUUCCUUCGCAUCUGGUCGCGCAAAAUGAGGCGCUUGAGUCUGGCCGUGGAUGAUUAUCUCGUUAUGGGUGCAAUGAUUCUGGUCAUUGUCACGGUCAUCUUAUGUGAUAUCUCCAUCGCACACGGAGGUGUGGGAAACCACAUCACUAGCAUCACCAAACACCAACUCAUGCUCAUCCCUAUCGAAAUGCUGUACGGCAUCUCCCUAGCUCUUGUCAAAUCCUCCUUCAUGGUCCUCUACCUCCGUCUCUUCGGCACCCGUCGCAGCCUCCGUCUAACCAUCUGGUUCGGCCUAGCCAUCAUCUGGGCCUGGGGCUUGACGAUCGUCUUGAAAUCCUUCCUUCUCUGCUCACCCAUCGCCUAUAACUGGAAGGAUCCUCAUCUCUCCAUGUCGGACCACGGCGGGAAAUGCUCAAACCGGAACGUCGCAUUCGUCGCGGCCGGCGCUAUCAAUAUCGCUACCGAUGUCAUGAUUAUGCUCGUUCCUGUCCCGCAUAUCGUCAUCUUGCAGUUGAGGCUUUAUCGGAAGGUGGGCUUGGUCUGUGUGUUUUCUGUUGGGUUGGUCGUCAGCGUAAUCAGCAUCCUCCGAAUCGUCGCCAUCCUCCACAUGGACUACAACGACGUAACAUACACUCUUUGUCCCAUGCUCAUGUGGAGCCUCAUCGAACAAGAACUUGCCAUCUUCGUCGCAAGCCUACCACUUCUACGGAACAUCAUCGCCAAGAUCCUCCCGGCCGGCUGGAUCGGUUCCAGGCUCUCGCGAGGUCAACGUUCCAAAGCCAGCUCCGGCACCAGUCUCGACUCCCCACCGCGAGGCAUGCAGGCCUCUUCUUUCAGCGACAGUUCCUUCGCGCGGAGGCAGACCUACAGGUCGUGGUCGUGGAUAUGGGAGAACAGGGAUCUUGAGCCCUUGGAACCUUUGCCGUGGAGCACUUCCAGCGUGGAAAAACCCUCGAUUGUUUUCACCGAAUCGUCGAGAAAUAGUUCGGAUGCCGAGCUGGCUCGGAAUGCCUAUCCGAGUUCGAGGUUUUGGUCUGCGUCUGGGAUAAGCAGGCCCGAACCCGCGUACUUGGUUUGA